AUGUCCAACCAUUACGAAGCUAUUGUUGUCGGCGCCGGUGUGGUUGGCCCCGCCAUAGCCACUGGUAUGGCACGUCAAGGCCGCCGUGUUCUGAUUGUCGAGCGUGACUGGUCAGAGCCUGAUAGAAUUGUUGGUGAGCUGAUGCAACCUGCUGGGCUGAAGGCACUGCGCUCCCUGGGUAUGAUCCAGGCGAUCAACAACAUCGAGGCCACGCCGGAAACUGGCUAUACCGUGUUCUACGAAGGUGAGGCAGUGUCGAUUCCUUACCCGCACAAGGCAGACACCGCCGUGGUGCCACCAAUCAAGAGCUGUGUAUUUGGUGGUAAUGACAAGGUGGUGGACGAUGGCUUCGUCACCACCGCCGAGUUCGAAGAUAACGAAUACGAGGUUGGAGUGUCGUUUGAGCACGGCAAGUUCAUCUCCAACUUGAGAAAGAUCGUGAAAGCCGAGAAGAACGUGACUACGCUCGAAGGAACGGUCACUGAACUCAUAAGAGAUGCAGACGGUGUUCACGGGAUCGUUGUUAAGCCUAGCGACGGUGGCUCUCCUCAGAGAUUCACCGGUGAUUUGACCUUCAUGUGCGAUGGUAUCUUCUCCAAGUUCAGAAAGUCAUUGACUGAUGAUAACGUGCCAUCUGUCAACUCGCAUUUCAUAGCGUUGAAGUUGCACAACGCCGAUAUCCCAGUGCCAAACACAGGCCAUGUCAUUUUGAAUUCAAAAUGCGACCCUGCUCUGGUGUACCAGAUCACUCCAACAGACACAAGGGUCCUGUGUGCUUAUAACAGCCCUCAAUUGCCACGUGAUGUGAAGAAGUAUCUCAGGGAAAAGGUGCUGCCGGUGUUCCCUAUAGGAUUACAGCCUUCCUUCACGAAGGCGUUGGAAGAGCCUAUAAAAUCGAUGCCAAACUCGUACUUGACUGCGAGACUCAACGAUGUUCCUGGACUAUUCCUCAUUGGUGAUGCACUGAACAUGAGACAUCCGUUGACAGGUGGAGGUAUGACUGUCGGUUUGAACGACGCUGCCAUGGCUGUCAGAACUUUAGAAGACGUUCCUUCACUCUCGGAUCGUGAAGUUACAUCCGCAAAGAUCAUCGACUUCCACUACGAUAGAAAGGACCUCGAUGCUGUCAUCAACAUCCUGUCAAUUGCCCUCUUCUCGCUGUUUGCUGCGGACUCGUCGAAUCUGAAGAUUUUGCAAAGAGGCUGCUUCAAGUACUUCCAAAGAGGAGGUGAAUGUGUCAGCAUUCCAGUUGGAUUCCUCAGUGGCACCAUUCCAAAGCCUUUCCUGUUGACCUGGGUCUUUACCAAAGUGGCCUUGUACUCCGUGUACUGUAACUUUGUCGAUAAUGGAGUGCUAUUGCUACCAUUGUCAAUUGUCCAGGUGUUCACCGUUUUGUUCACCGCAGUUGUUGUCUUUGCUCCAUACUUGAUUGCUGAGUUGUUCCAAUGA